AUGAUCAAGAUCCUGGGAGAGCUCGCUGAGUUGGCGGGCCCCCUCAGCGCCGUCCUUGUCACCCUGCGCGACGAGCUCGCGCGCGCCUGCUACAGCAACUACUUUGCGCCCGAGUUCGGACGCCCGCCCGCCGCGGCGGUCGCCGUCGCCGGUGGCGCCGCGCGCCACGAGCUGACCGGCCAAGGAGGGAUAGAGGAUAAUCCGGAGCGCCGAAUCAGGGGCGCGCUGGACGGGCUGCGGGUCGCCGACGACGGCGGCUUCGGCGGCUUCAGCGGCAGCGGCGGGGGCCUGGCGUUUGAGCAGCUGCCGUGGCACAGCGUCGCGGCGCGGCUGCGGCGGGAGAAUGCGGCGCUCAGGGGGGAGCAGGAGCGGGUGGGGCGGGAGCUCGGGGACCACCAGGCGGAGCUGGUCAGGGUGGAGCAGCAGCUGCAGCUGUUCCAAAAGGCGAUGGACGCCGCAGAGGAGGGCGCGGCCGCGCUGCGCGCCGCUAACGCGGCGCUCGCGGCGUCCGAGGCAAGGGCCGCGAGCGACGUGGCGGCGGGCGCGGCGGAGGCGCGGCGGCUGGCUGGGCAGGUGUCUCGCCUGCAGGCUGAACUAGCGGAGCUGCGUGAGGCAAACACGGCCCUGACGGAGGCGGGCGCGUCGAGCGCCGAGGCGCUGGAGCGGCGCGCGGAGGGGCUGCAGCGGGCGCUGCAUGCGGCCGAGCUGGAGCGCGCGGCGGCGGUGGAACUUGCGGCGGCCAGGGUGGCGCCGGAGGAGGCCCGGGACCUGCACGCUGCGGCGGAGGACGCCGAGGCGCGCCUGGCCGCGGCUCAGCAGGCGCUCGCCGCGGCCGAGGCGCGCGGCGCGGCGGCCGCCGAGGCCGCGCGGGCGCUGACGCCGCGGCCGCGCUGGGACGAGCCGGAGGGGCCGGAGGGGCGCGCCGCGGCGCCGGGGGGCGGCGGCGGCGGCGGCGGCGGCGGCAGCAGUGACGACGAGCGGGGUGUGGGCCAGCAAUGA